CAGGGCCCCGGGGCUGAGGGUCAGGGCACAGGGCCCCGGGGCUGAGGGUCAGGGCACAGGGCCCCGGGACUGAGGGUCAGGGCCUCGGGGCUCCGCCGUGUGUUCCCCGCGGAUGACAGUGAAGCUGCGGCCGCACUGACAGCAUGACGUGCCUUCCACAGAACAACCUCCGGAAGCAAUUGGAGCUCCACUCGGAGAAGGGAGUCCAGAGCAAACUGUUAGUCGGUAAAAGCAAAGCAGGGGGAUUCACAUUCAAGAAGAAGACUCCCUCAUGUAACAUUGGAGCAUCCGGCUUCCAUAAGAUACCUGGCAGCAGUGCUUUGAAAGACAAGGAUGUUAACGCUUCUGGGAAUUUUGCCACGAGCAAACCUCUUACAGCCUCAUUUUUGUCAAAGCCCAGGGAACAGCAGUUAAAAAUCACAAAUUUGUUUGAACAAAAUACCAAAAAUUCAGCAUUGAGCGUGGGAGCAACUUCAACUCCGAGAGAGACGAGAAUAACUGCGUCCGUUUCUAACACUCAGCUCACUAAGAAGCCAGACGCAGAUCAUUCCUUUGAGUCCGUUGUUAGCCUGGAUGAUUGGGAUGAUUUCGACGAUUUUGACACCUCGUGGAAAGGAAAAAGUAAUGUGAAACUCACGUCGGCGUCGUCAAACAAAGCGCUCCAGGUACAAGGAUGUAAAACAUCCCAGAAUUCAAAACACAGUACACCCACAGCAACUAAGAGUGUCACUACACCUGACCUCGAUACGAGCAAGGUUAAUGGUGAGCUCAAAGUGGAUUUUCUUCCCAAGGACAGCACACACUCAUUGUCCCAAAGGGAACCAAAAGGCUCAGAUGAUCCUGUUAUCUGCCUCGUCAAGCCUCACCUGGAGGAGAUCAAGAACAGUGAUGAUGAAGACUGCGUUGAAUCGUUCGCUCGAAGAAAGAUAAGUCGGUCGUCUGGUGCCAGAGUCCUUCUCAGUGAUGACGAGACGGACGUCAGUGGGAAUGAAGAUACAGAUGUGAAAAUUGAUUUGACAGAUGCUGACAGUAUCCCAGAUAGCCAGCCCGUGCUGGAUGCUCGCCCUGUGGACCAAGUGCCAGACAGUGACUUUGAGAUUGAAGAUUCCGAUUUUGUUGACUUUGUUCCGCCGUCUCCUCUGAAGGAGCGACUGUCUUCGCCCUCGUUGCUUAAAAGCCUCAGAGAUUCAACUGAAUUGUUGCAUCCCAGAGAGAAUUCUGUGAAAGCAGUCUCCUCAGUAAAUCCACUGUCACAAGAAAGAAGGCUCUCCAAUGAGCGGGCGUGCGUGUCAGACAGUUCAGGAGAGAGGGGGCAAGGCACCCAAUUGUUCAGCGUCAUGGAAAAGAUCUGUAACUUGGUUGAGCAGAUUCCCCUGACGCAGCUGCAGUCUCUGGCCUGUGCGGAUCAGCUGUUUCACUAUCGAGCUCUACGAAAGCAAAUCCUGGCCAACCAGAGUGAAAUGCCGAUAGUACAGAACAGGACUUGCUCGGCUGUUACUGCAAUGCCGAACCAUAACGCUUCCCAGAAUAAUAUCCCUACUUAUCCCGUCACCCCCGCCGUCACUCUUAAUCCUUCCCAGGAGCUGAAUUCUUCUAAAACGUUUACCUUCAGGAAAUCUUUCUCGACUGGUUUUGGUGGUGACGGCCGUCUGAGCGACCGGGGGGAUUGCUCGCUGUUGAACCAGACGGAUGAUCGAACGUCAGACAUCCCCGUAAGGAGCUGUGCUUCGUCCUUUACCUGCAGCCAGGGCUUCCAGAGCAAACCGCGUCUCGACACGGGAAAGCUCGAUCCCUACACCGGCGACCAUGGCACGCUGCCUACAGACACACCUCGAUCCUCACUCAGCAGCUUUGCGUACGUGGCUCCCAGGAGCCUGGAGUACUCGCGGCUCUCCUCUCCGAGCACGGGCUUUGCUGGUUUACAGGCUCGGCCUUUUGCCGAUGGCGGAGGGAGUCAUGUGAACGCCGGGACACCCGUCGACGAGAGCUACGACAUCGAGAGCUUCGACAUCGAUGACCUGGACGACGAGGACGUGCCCGAAUGUUUCCUCAGCCCCCAGAGCCGGUCAGGGACCGGCGGGCUGUCUUACAGGACAUUUCAGCCAAUCCGGGAGGAAACUGCGAAACCUCGAGCCUUUGGUGACAAAAAUCACACAAUAUCUCCGUCUGCAACUGCCAGUGUCAAGAGGUCUCAAAUGGGACGCAGCCCAGCAGACACGCUGUUUGAGAGGAACCUCCCCAGGAAUCCUGCCCUGGAGCGUUUCCGGGGCAACGAUUUCCCACACUCCAAGGAAAUGAUGACCGUUUUCCGCAAGAAGUUUGGAAUGCACCAGUUUCGAACGAAUCAGCUGGAAGCCAUCAACGCAGCACUGUUGGGAGAAGAUUGCUUCAUCUUGAUGCCAACGGGUGGUGGCAAGAGCCUGUGUUACCAGCUGCCGGCCUGUCUGACACCUGGAGUUACCGUAGUGAUUUCCCCACUCCGGUCACUCAUCUUGGAUCAGAAUCAGAAGUUGGCUUUGUUUAAUAUCGCGGCUACGUAUCUGACUGGGGACAGGAGCGACUCUGACACUGCGAGUAUCUACAUGCAGUUGUCCAAGAAAGAUCCCGUUGUGAAGCUGCUUUACUGUACCCCAGAGAAGGUCAGUGCCAGCAACAGGCUGAUCUCGGCGCUAAUAAACCUGUACGAGAGGAAACUUUUAGCUCGGUUUGUUAUUGACGAGGCUCACUGCGUCAGCCAGUGGGGCCACGAUUUCCGCCCAGAUUACAAGCGUUUAAACGAGUUGCGUCAAAAGUUUCCUUUGGUGCCAAUGAUGGCCCUGACGGCCACCGCCACACCCAGGGUCCAGAAAGAUAUCCUAAACCAGUUGAAGAUGCUGAAUCCACAAGAGUUUACCAUGAGCUUUAACAGAGAUAACCUGAAGUAUGAGGUGCUCCCAAAAAGGCCCAAGAAAAUAGCUGAUGAGUGUACCGAAUGGAUCAAAAAGAAUUAUCCACGAGACUCUGGGAUUGUUUACUGCCUGUCUCGGCGUGAAUGUGACACAGUGGCUGAAACUCUGCGGAACAGAGGACUUGCUGCUCUGGCCUACCAUGCUGGGCUCAAAGACUCCAACAGGGAACUGGUGCAAAAUAAAUGGAUAAAUCAGGACGGCUGCCAAGUCAUCUGUGCUACCAUCGCCUUUGGGAUGGGGAUUGAUAAGCCUGAUGUCCGCUAUGUAAUCCAUGCUACGUUACCCAAGUCAGUGGAGGGAUAUUACCAGGAGUCUGGCCGUGCGGGGAGAGAUGGCGAAACCUCCCAUUGUAUUCUUUACUACAGUUACCACGACGUUACGAGGAUCAGGCGUCUUAUUCAAAUGGAGAAGGAUGGGAACCAACACACCAAGCAAACCCACAUUAACAACCUGUACAGCAUGGUCCAUUACUGCGAAAACAUGCUGGAGUGCCGCAGGACACAGCUCUUGGCUUACUUCGGAGAAAAUGGUUUCGACCCCAAGUUCUGCAAAGCUAACCCGGACGCAACCUGUGACAACUGCAUCAGGGUAAAGAGUUACAAGACAAUUAAUGUCACAGAGGUGGUGAAGAAUAUCGUGCGAUUUGUUCAAGAGCAUUGCUCCAAUUCUGGUGGCAGGUACAGUGGACAGUCAUCCACGAGGCUGACCCUUAACAUGCUGGUGGAUAUCUUCCUGGGUGGUAAAAAUGCCCGAAUCCAGUCGGGUAUUUUUGGAACAGGAGCUGCCUAUACCCGGCACAAUGCCGAAAGACUAUUUCGAAAACUGGUGCUGGAUAAAAUUCUGCGCGAGGAUCUGUACAUCACAGCCAACGACCAGGCAGUGGCUUACAUCGCCAGUGGGGAGAAAGCACAUACAGUCCUCAUAGGCUGCCUUCAGGUGGAAUUUCAGGAGACGGGAAAUACCAGUAGCAUCCGGAAGCAAAAGAACUCUGUGACAAAGAAUGUUUCCAAGCGGCAGGAGAUGGUUCAGAAGUGUCUUGCUGAGCUCACUGAACUCUGCAAGAAACUGGGCAAAGUGUUUGGAGUCCAUUAUUUCAACAUCUUCAACGUUGGCACCAUCAAAAGCAUUGCAGAAUCGUUGUCAUCAGACCGGGAGGAUCUUCUGCAGAUUGACGGAGUCACUGAGGACAAACUGGAUAAAUAUGGAGGUGAACUCAUUGAAGUUCUCCAAAAAUACUCGGAAUGGCAGCUACCAGAAUAUGACCCAGUGGACAAUGAAGACAGAUGGAUAGACUGCAGAAAUUCUCAGCAUGAGGAUGAGCAAUAUUCCGAGACCUCCGAGUACUUCAGCAGCAACAGAAAAAGCAACAAGAGGAAGUGUCGGAAAACGCCGUAUUUCAGAAAGGCAAAGAAAAGAAAGACUGGGCAAAACAGCAACCAAUCUUCUUCGAAAAGUUUCAACACAAAGUAUUCAUCGACUACAAGACAGUCCAAUCCUAAACAAGGAACAACAUCCUGGAAGACACCGGGAGUUAUGCCGCUGCCUGUUCCUCGAAGCAACAAUCGGCGACCCUUCCUCAAGCCUUCAUACUCCUUUGGAUGACUUUUUUUAACUGCCUCAUGUUUGACAGGAGUUGUGCAAUGUACAGUUCUCUUACAAUUGCUAUGCUGCGCCCUGGGCUGGGAUUAAAAUCAGACUUCGGAGCUGCUAGCCAGCCUGGAAUUGAAAAUGCUCUGGAUUACUUGCAGUUCUUGAGUGAAUUGAGCUUCGUAAACUGCCUUAAAGCUGCUUUGACCAAUGGAAAGUGAUGACACUAGUAGAGCUGUGAGGCUGAGGCAGGUUGUUUCCAGAUUGAACGAUGAUGGAAUUCGUACAGUAAAAUUAUUUUCUGAAACUCAACGAAUGUCUGGUUCUCACCAAGUUGGUUAUUUAUAGAUAUCGUUCUCCCCACCCCGCACCUCAUGUUUAAUUAAAAUGUUAGACAUAUUUAAUGAAUGGCUGUGAUAAGGUUGUUAUGUAAAUGCUGUAUGUUAUUUUGAUGCUGUAUAUAACUUGCAUACUCUGAAAUGUAGCCAAGUGUAGUUUAACUGCUUAAGAUAUAAUUGUAUAUACAGUAUAUAAGUAACUUGAGGGUUCUUGGGCAUUUUUCCUGCCAUAAAACAAAUCUUUUUCUCCCGCUUCUCUCUGGAUCGUUGCAUAUCUAACUACAACUAGUUGCUGCAUCGAGCCUGCCCUUACCGGUGUGGGCCAUCUGGGAUAUAUUGUUCAAGGUUUUUAAACCAAGAUAGGGAGGGGAGUGACAAACUAAUGCACUGUACAGUAUAUUGAGAAGUAGGGCAUGUUAUUGGUGUUAUUGCUUGUGGUAUAAUUCUUACAGUCGAUGCUUACCUCAGCCAAACUGAGUGAUUUUAAUUUAUGGAUUACAGGUUUACGGAUUACAGAUUUAACAGUUUCCAUUUUAUGAGUCCCAAGACUUGUUUUUUAUGUUGCAAUGAAUCUUGUUGAUCCUAAUCUGGAUACCCCAUCGCAGUAAGGAUCUUGGAUAUUUAAUCUUAUCUGAAAGAUAAAAUGUGUGUGAGUGUAGAGGGGGUGAGGGGGGGGGGGGCAGCUUACCAUUGAAUGAUGUCUUCAAAGCUUCAGAAUGAGUCUGACCUGUUUUGUAUUAUCUAUUUUACCCCCCUCCCCUGCUUAUAAUAAAAAUUCUGCUGAA